UCUGGUCUUUAGUUUAUCACAAAGUAGUCGCCCGGCCGUGUGCCCUCCCCGCACUUCUGUCUCUACGCACGCGAACGUCAAGUUGAAUAUCGCGGUACGCAUUCGCGAUUAUGUUUCCGGCGCGCAACGGGUCCUCCUAAGAGAAGAGUCGCCGAACUAAUUCACGGACGCACGCACACUUACGAGCGUCAUUUCACGCGAUCGCGGCGAGAAGGAAGUGAGCGUGUCGCCUUUCCCGAGGGAAUACACAGUGGUGCAUAUAUAUUGUCAAGGAUAUGGCGCAUACGAGGGUAGCUCUUGUCCUGCUGCUGGGACUCUGCUGCUGGGCUAUCGCUCUGGUGUCCUGCCAGGAGCAUCAAAACGCGACGAAGCCCGCCAGCGAGAUCAACGAACCGGACUUUGAGACUCCCGAGUACAUACAGCCGUGCAACAGGACAGACCCAAAACUCGACGCGUGCUUUCAAAAUAUGUUCAAUUAUCUCAAGCCGUACCUGGUGAAAGGUAUCCCGGAGCUGAAUUUGCCCCCGAUCGAGCCUCUGGUGAUUCCCGAGAUGAAGAUCGAAAACGGCCAGGGCGCGGUGCGCGUCCGAGCGUUAUUCAACAACAUCACCGCGAUAGGACCGGGAAACUACACCAUCAGCAAAGUACGCGUCAACAUAUCGUCUUUAAGAAUAGAUAUUCACCUAAAGUUCCCCAAGAUCGAGCUGCAGGGUCUCUACGAUAUCAACGGAAAUGUACUGCUCUUCCCCAUACAGAGUCGCGGCGAAUUUUGGGCGCUAUUCAAUGAGGUAGCAGGGAUCGCGCGCGCGCAGGGUGUCGAGGAAGUGCGAGACGGCAUUCGUUACAUAUCGAUUACAAAACUACUGGUCGACUUCAAACUCGGCCGCAUCCGAUUCCGCAUAAUGGACCAGCUGAACGGCGACAAUGUGAUCGGACAGGCGAUGAAUCAAUUCCUGAAUCAGAAUGCGCACGAGAUCAUCGACGAAUUGAAACCGGCGGCAAGCGCGAGUAUCGCCAAAUACUUCAAGGGUUUCCUCGGCAACAUUUUCAGCAAACUACCCUUAAAAAUGUUGUUGCACGAUACGUAAUAACUGCCGCAAAGAUUUGAUAUGAUAUACAGUACAAGUUCUCACGUUCUCACCAUACAUACAUGCACACAUGAAUUCAUCGUUGCUGCAUUAUUUCAUCGAAGUGCAAGAGCAUACGUUUCACGAUUGCGAGAAAACAUUGAGAUCACAAAUUAUCGUAGGGUGUAGAGAUUUUUCUUUUUUUAUUAAGAGGUUAGGGGUAGUCAGAGGCGUGAAAAAAUGAGUAUUUUAAAUAAUUUAUUUUUGACAGUACUUAAAUUUAUUUUAUAAAACUAAUAGUACAGAGUUAUUAUAUUAUGUUUUAACUUCACUUGACCAAAAUUUCAAAAAAAAUAUUAAUUGUAGACGAAGUUAUCGCCAUCUUUGUUGGAUCCCGUUCCACAAGUGCUUUGCGGUGACCAUCAGAACAUUUUACUGAUUCAUCUAAAAUCAAUGAAACAAAAAAAAAUCAUUAGUUCAAUAGUUAAUCUAGUACUUAAUCGAAGCUUUUCUUUUUUUUUUAAUAAACAAAAUGGCGGCUUCUGAAAGUUUACUCACGGAUUUUCAAGGAAAGAAGCACUAGUUUAUUGUUAAAAAAAAUAGAAGUUUUCAAGAAAAAAAAAUCCUUCGAUUAAAGACUAGUUUAUUAUGCUUUCAAUAAACUGUAUAAAUUUCAUUCAAAUCCGUGGAGUGGUUUUUGAAUUACAGUGGUCACCGACUUUGAAAACAUAGUUUUGAGAAAAACGCAUUUAAAGUUUUAGUCUAAGCGCGGUAUUACCUUUUCGUAUAAUUUUGAGGUCGAUGGAUGAAGUAAAGCUUAUUUUAUGUAUUUUGAUCUUCUGAAUCCGAAUAUCGCAUUAGUUUUUCCGAAAACCUGGGCAUUCAAUUGUUUAAAGGCAAUUGUUUAAACAAUUGUUAAAAAUAUCUCUUUGGGGAUGAAUUAUUUUUUUUUUUAUAUUUUGGGCAAUUUUAAAACGAAAGUUAUUCUUAUAAAAUUUAGCUUAAGUUUAUAGUUUUUGAGUAAUAAAUUUUUGAAAAUUUUUGAAAUUUUUGAGUUUUUCAAUUUUUUGGGAAAACGGGUUUUCGGAAAAACUAAUGCGAUAUUCGGAUUCAGAAGAUCAAAAUAUAUAAAAUAAGCUUUACUUCAUCCACUGACCUCAAAAUUAUACGAAAAGGUAAUACCGCGCCUAGACUAAACCUUUAAAUGCGUUUUUCUCGAAACUAUGUUUUCAAAGUCGGUGACCACUGUAAUUCAAAAACGACUCGACGGAUUUGAAUGAAAUUUAUACAGCUUAUUGAAAGCAUAAUAAACUAAUCCUUAAUCGAAGGAUGCUUUUUUUUUUAAACUUCUAUUUUUUUUAACAAUAAACUAGUGCCUUUUUCCUUGAAAAUCCGUGAGUAAACUUUCAGAAGCCGCCAUUUUGUUUAUUUUCAAAAAAUUUUCAAAAAAAAAGCUUCGAUUAAGUACUAGAUUAACUAUUAAACUAAUGAUUUUUUUGUUUCAUUGA